UCCCUCUUCCUGUUUAGAGUUCAGAGAAAGAAAGCAAAAAGGGCAGCAUCGGCAUCAGAAUAUGUUUAGCUCUUUGGCAGCUCUUUGACGGCUCUAUCUUCAUAAUUUAUUACCCCGUUAUAUCUUAAUUAUUCUUGGGUCGCCUUACCUUCCCGUUACCGUUUAAUUCAAAGAUAAUCUCUUCCCUGAGCAGCCACAGCAUCCCAAACGCCCAAAUGAACGGAGCAGCAUUCCCUUCCCCCACGACAGAGAUGGCGGAGAUAAAUCGUAUUCAGUAUGACCUGGACUACACUGAAGGAAUCAGCCAAAGGAUGCGUGUCCCAGAGAUGCUCAAAGUGGCUCCUCAAGCCCAUGAUGACCCCAUUACCCUGGGGCCUCAGGAUGUCCACCCCAGUGUCAUCAUGCAGGUCCCAGAUAGGAUUGUGGUCACUGGAGACAGCGGUAAGAAAACAUUUCCUGGCACCAGAGACCUGGACCUCAUCCAGUCUACACCAUUUGACACCCUGUCACUAAAAACUCCACCCAGAGUACUCACCCUGAGUGACAGACCCCUAGACUUCCUCGAGGAUGAACAGCGGGCAGCACCAGACACUGACGACACAAUGCGUCCUCAAGCAAGAAUGAGACGAGAGCGUUCAGCGAGUGAAAACAUCUCCAUUCGCCCAGGUGGACUAACACACAAUGACUCUGCUCCAGCCUCCUCUUCCUCAGCUACUACUGACCCUUCUAACCCUCCUCUAACCAUGGCUGAUGAAGAGCACAACAUGUACAGCGCUAGUGGUGUUCUUUCUUUCGUCCAAUCCACUACUCGCCGGGCCUACCAGCAGGUCCUGGAGGUCCUGGAUGAGAGCCCACACAGCCAACCACCUUUACUGCGAGGGGGUGCAGCUUCAGGCUCCAACCCCCUGCAUGACUCCAGGCUUGCAUUGUCCACUUACGAAGCUUCUUUUGACACCGGUGCUGAUGACUUGACUAUGGUGGAUGCAGCAACACUACGCAGACAGCUCAUCAAGUUGAACCGGAGACUUCAGCUGUUAGAAGAGGAGAACAAGGAGCGCGUGAAGAGAGAGAUGAUUCUGUACUCCAUCACAGUUGCUUUCUGGCUCGUCAAUACCUGGGUGUGGCUACGGCGCUAAUGCCCUUUGUGAGCAGACCGUAUCACACCAAACAUCCAAAUUUAUUUAAAAUGUACAGUUUUAUUUUUUUACUCCCUUUUGUUUAUUCUGUUGAUUCCUGUUUUAUUUUUUAUACAUGUAUACUAUUCUUUGCUCUGGGCUAGGUGUGAAUUGUAAAUAUUUGCGUUGAGACACUCCGCUUCAGGAAGAACUUAGUCACAAGAACAAUAAAGCUAUACAAUAUACCCUAUUACAGUUAUGGAGCUGCAAUGUGAUUAUCUACAAAUGUAUUUAUUGCAGGACUGUACGUUUAAUGGGGGAAGUCAUACCAUUUAGUAAACUCAAACACAAA